AUGGAUCUGUUAGCGCAGACAUCGUUCGUCUUCACAAAUGGCAACCCUUACCUUGAUUUCCCACGUCCAAUACUUCAUAAAACCGUGAUGAUUGGUGGUUUUGCAGUGCCACAAAGUGAAAAUGGAACGAGGAAUGAGAUACUAUCCUCAAUGCAUGAAAAUGUACUGUUUGAGUAUCGUUUGGUUCAUCCCCGAAAUCAGAAGAUAUGCCAGAAGAGAUUUCUGCGUGGCUUGCUUGACACAUUUGCCUCAAUGCCCGACAUUACCUUCAUUUGGAAAUAUGAGGAGCCAAACUCAAAAAUAGCUGAGUCAUUGCCGAACGUCUACCUCAGCACAUGGGUUCCACAAGUGCGGCUCCUAAACGACAAGCGGCUUUCGUUGUUUCUGACACAUGGAGGUUUAGCAAGUACGAAUGAAUUAGCUUAUGCGGGAAAACCAGCUAUUGUGGUUCCACUUCUUGGAGAUCAGAUGCGCAAUGCUCAA